ACGCGGACAAGCGUAUCGCGUGAGAUUAGGAAAAGUCAUACAAGCACACUAUUCCGCCUGAAAUUUUCUAAUGUCAUUCUAAAUUUUAAUUUCGUUGGAAAAAUCCUCACGAAUCCAUCAUCCCUACUUCCAGAAAUUUUUUUUUUUCUUUCAUUUUCUAUUCCUACAAACAGAUUUCUGGAGAAAGAGAGAGAAAAGAGGAGAGAGAGAGAGAGAGAUUAAGUGCUUAUAUUUUUUAAUUAAUUAUUGGAAUGAAUACUAAUCAAUAGUAGACGGGGCAUCGUUGUAGAUCUCUCUGAAAGCGGCGAUCUCUUACUCUUCUUCCCUUUCUUCUUCGAUGCGUUUCUUUCUCUCUGGAGGACUCCGUACCUGCAUUUGACCACAGGUUUGCAGAAACAAAUAGGAGCAAAGGGCUGUUCUACUUGUUAUGCCUAGCCCAGUUUUCUUGUAGAAACAGCUUUGAUUUUGGUAUCAGUGGUUGGAGAAUCUGGAGAGUUAGAAUGCUGCUCUGAAAGAAUGUUGCGAUGCCUUUGUUCUAAAUGAAGACAGCUCGUGCAUGGCAGCUAGGCAUAAGAGAUAUGCUCAUCAUGUCUGGAUCACGCCACCGACCACCUUUAAAGAGGCCAAUAUGGAUUAUUGUAUUGGUUUCUUUAGUGAGCAUUUUUCUGAUUUGUGCUUAUCUGUCCCAAAGCCAUGCCGCCUGCUAUUUAUAUUCUUCUGGUGAUUGUAAUAUGUUCGAGAAGACACCAAUUGUUCCUUCUAGGGAAUUGACUGAUGAUGAGAUUGCAGCAAAGGUUGUUAUUACGGAAAUUCUGAAGACACCUCCUCUUCAAUCAAAGAACCCUAAAAUUGCUUUUAUGUUUUUGACUCCGGGCACAUUACCUUUUGAAAGGCUGUGGGAUAAGUUUCUUCGUGGCCAUGAGGGCAGAUUCUCCAUUUAUAUACAUGCAUCUAGCGAAAAGCCAGUACACGUGAGUCGUUAUUUUCGUGAUCGAGAAAUUCGCAGUGAUAAGGUUGUUUGGGGAAAAAUUUCCAUGGUUGAUGCAGAGAAGAGACUUCUAGGAAAUGCUUUGUCUGACCCUGAUAACCAGCAUUUUGUCUUGCUCUCUGAUAGCUGUGUACCACUGCAUAACUUUGAUUAUGUGUAUAACUAUCUGAUGUACACAAAUGUCAGCUUUAUUGAUUGUUUUGAGGAUCCUGGUCCACAUGGAAGCGGUAGGUAUAUAGAGCACAUGUUGCCUGAAGUUGAAAAGAGGGAUUUCCGUAAGGGUGCUCAGUGGUUCUCCAUGAAGCGACAGCAUGCUUUAAUUGUUAUGGCAGACAGUCUUUAUUACACAAAAUUUAAACUUUAUUGCAAGCCAGGUAUGGAAGGGCGAAAUUGUUAUGCCGAUGAACAUUACUUGCCAACCUUUUUCCAUAUGAUUGAUCCUACUGGAAUUGCAAACUGGUCAGUAACACAUGUUGAUUGGUCUGAAGGAAAGUGGCAUCCAAAAGCAUACAGGGCUCAAGAUGUUACCUAUGAACUCAUGAAGAACAUCACAUCUAUCGACAAGUCUGUGCACGUUACAAGCAACGAAAAGAAAAAAGUAAUGGUGGACCCUUGCUUAUGGAACGGAAUGAGACGGCCUUGUUAUUUAUUUGCAAGAAAAUUUUUUCCCGAAGCUCUUCCUAACUUGAUGCAUCUUUUCUCCAAUUACACAACAGUUUGAGUCGUAUAGUAUCGCUAUUCUUUCUCUGAUUCGCACAUUAUUUGCCCCUCUCUCACUUCGGCCCUCAGCCUUAUUUUACAAUGCUGCGAAGUGCCACAUUACUGAAUAGAUGUUGCCCCCUUGGAAGGAGAUUACGAAAGGGUAAAAUCUUCUGUUAAGCAAUCAGAUCUCCCAAAGGAUGUUCGUCGCUGCCAGGUCCUGUUUAGCUUACUGUUUUGCAGAUUUUACUGCUUUUUUUCUUCUGUCCCCCUAUUUGUGGGGCUAGUGGUUUUCAUUUUCUGAAGCACAGAAAUUUUGAUGUUUGGUAUAAAUCCAUUUUUAGGUCUUAUUUUUUGUCCUCA